CGUCAAUCAGUCAAUCGGUGUGCCUCUGCUCGGUGUGGUUAGUGUGUCAGUCAGUCUACGAGCACGCGUCACCGGGAGUAGUAGCGCCUUGUGACUUACGCUCUUGUGUAUUCGCAUACUUGGACCGCGAGGUUCGGCAGCGGAGGCGAUAAAGGCCGGACGAGGAGGCGAGAGGACGGCGUGAGUCUACGCGGACAAUCGCGCGUGGCCACUCUUUUUGCGAGGGAUCUCUCGGAGCGAGGACGACCGCGACGACGAGAGGAUGGCGGACACCAAGGACGACUGCGCCGACAACGUGCAGUUCUUCGAGGGCGUCGAGAAGCUCCUCGAGGUCUGGUUCGCCAGCUCCAAGGGCCUCAAGCAGCAUCAGGGUGAUCUGCGGCAGAUACCAAGACAAAAAUGGGAAUCGUUGCUGAAGAUAGUCCGCUGCGAGAUCAUCAGUUUUUGCCGUAACGAUCAAGUGGACGCCUAUGUCCUGAGCGAGAGCAGCAUGUUUGUGUACAAACGCAGACUCAUACUGAAGACCUGCGGCACCACCACGCCUCUGCAGUGCUUGCAGCCGCUUCUGGAGCUCGUUGAGAAGUACACUGGCUUCGACGACGUUGAGAACGUCUUUUACUCCCGGAAGAAUUACAAGAAACCGGAGAUCCAGAUUUCGCCGCACCAGACGUUCGAGGAGGAGGUCGCUCUGCUGGAUUCCCUCUUUCCUGAUGGCGAAGCUUACUGCAUGGGCUCGCCAGAGACAGAUUGCUGGUAUCUCUACACUCUGAUUCGCGACAAGCCAUUGCAGGAUCCACCGGAACCGGAUCAGACCCUGGAAAUACUCAUGACACAGUUAGACCCGGACGUGAUGUCAAUCUUCACCAGGGACGUCUGCUCGUCCGCCGACGAGGCGACGGUCAAGUCGGGGAUCGACAAAAUUAUUCCCACUAUGAUCAUAGAUGAUUUUCUGUUCGAGCCGUGCGGAUACUCUAUGAAUGGGAUAUCUAAAAAUGGCAGCUACAUGACGAUCCACAUCACGCCUGAGCCCGAGUUCUCAUACGUGUCGUUCGAGAGCAACAUCUCGGAGACGUCAUACGACGAGAUAAUCCGCCGCGUGCUGAACACCUUCAAGCCGGGCAAGUUCGUCGUGACGAUCUUCGCCAACAAGCAGUCCGCGGCGGCCAAUUGUCCCCGCGAGCUCGAGACGCGGACCGACUAUCUGAAUCGCUCCGGCAACUGGUUGCGCACCGACGUGCAGUACUGUCGUUUCCCAGACUACGAUUUGACCUGCGCUUUCUUCUCGCGCUUCCCGAGCUGAGGGUUCAAGGACGCUUCAUUCGUCUCGCAACCCGGGACCAAUGAAGCGCGCACCAUCCCCGUUCCUCCCUGCCUCCCUCCCCGUGAUCGCCAUCGC